AUGGACAUGUCGGGGAUGGCAUCGACCUUCUCGAGUAGCACCCGUGUCACACUUUGGUUCACAGAAUGGACGACGACAACAACGGCGACCUAUGUGCUAACGAUCAUCUUCCUCUUCUCCUUGGGCAUAUUCAACCGUUUUCUGAGUGCUUUCAAGAGCCAACUGGAGAGAAAAUGGAGGAUGCAACGGCAGGCCGAGAGCGCACCACAGUUCAUACCCAAUACGGAGAAACUGGCCAGCCACAGUGCCCGUGGUCACGUAAGACAAUGGAGCCGUGCGCUGCGACAACAGCCUCUCGAACUGGAUGAGAAGGACAGGGAAGAGAUCGAGCCUUUAAGCCCAAUCGUCCCACAACCAACUGCGGCUGAGGAGACUGGUAUUACACGGGGCUCGACUGCAUCACGCAAGAUGUUUUGGGUAGCGCAGACCCCUUGGAAUCUGAAGAAGGAUGGCAUAAGCGCUGCUUUGGAGUUUAGUCGAGCAUUGAUCGGCUACGUAUUAAUGCUUGCCGUCAUGACUUACAACAUCGGCUUUCUAUUUGCUGUCACUGGAAGCGUACUCCUUGGCGAGAUGGUAUUUGGGCGAUACACACGAGGCUCUGCAGGUCUAGCUGAGGACGGCUGCCAUUCUUGA